AUGGCUAUAAAAACAUUUUGUUCUUCUUGUGUAAGAACACAUGAAGUAGCCGGUAGAGAUGUGUCAGCUAAACUAUACUCAGGUGAUGAAGAGUUCGAAGUUGUUGUAACUCAGAAAUAUGAUUUUCCAUUACUGAGUUAUGGAUGGUUUGAAGCAUCAAGGCCAGCAUAUGGAUCAAUACAAAAUGACACAUCUUCAACAUAUUCUUUGCAAUCCAACUCGAAUCAGCAAAAUUCAAUUUUAGAUAAGAGCUUAUUCUCAAAUGCUAACAACCAUGAUAUGCUAUACUCCCUCCAGGAUAACUUAUUGGAGCACAUUUACAUUGAUAUUGAACACAUUUAUAAUAAGUCAUUAAACUUAUCGCUAGAUGUUUUGGAUAAUAUGAAUGGAAUAGGAGAGGAUAAAAAUAUUUUAAAUAAUGAGUUCUUAGACCCAGAGGAUAAAGCUAAUGCGGAUUUCAAUGAUUCUGAGCCAAAUACAUCUGAUAACGGGCAACAGAAUGAGAUACCUUUUGACAAUCUUGGUGGAUAUCCAAGCGCUGGUAAGGAUUUGAAUCACCACAAACAGCAAGAUACAAAUCAAACUGUAACUGAUAUUUUAACUUGUAUUGAACAAGAGAACACGGAAUCAAUACAACUACCAGAAAAUGCAAUAGUGGAAACAGCGAGAUUUGAUGCGGGUCAACACGGAAUAUAUACUGAGUCUUUGCAAGAUAUCCCCGAGUUGUGUAAUACACUUCAUGAGGAUAUGUUCUCACAGGAUUCUGAGGUUGAUGUAAAGGUCUAUAACUCCUACUCGGAUUUGGAGAUGCCAUGUUCUGAUGAUGAGGGCCCAGUACAAGAGCGUUCCUUGAAUACAAUGUCUAUAGAUUUUUUUAAUUGUGCAAUAAAAAGCCAAAAUUUAAAAAGACUGGCGUUUAAAUUAUUUUUGAAGUCGGUAAGUGAGUCCAAUAAUGACUUGCAAUUAUCUCCAUCUGGAAUUAGAUCUGAAGAUACAGAACCAGCUAAAUUGGGGAUCCACAUAGAAGGAAUGAGAAUAAAUAAGGUUGAUGAGAAUACUGUAAAAAGAAAAAACAGACUCGAUUUGGAAAAUGAUUUUGCAUUCUUGAAAAAAAAACAGAAACACAUAUCCGGAUUUUCUACACCAAAGGAAACGUUGAAGAGUUUAGCAUCAAAAUGCAGUCUAAUACAAAGUCAUAAACUAAAAUCUAACAGUAGUGUGAUGUCUACAGGUGAUAAUCCUAUAAAAUCGGUCAAUUAUUCAUCUGUUAUUCGUAAUAAGUCUGCAAGAGGAACUAUUAAUUCAAAUUAUGCUAAAAGCAGGUCUUCUGUUGAGAAAGCUAUAAUGGAUCUUUCUAAUGCAGAACAAAGACAUUCUACAUAUUAUAAAAAGGUUGGAUCUUCGCUAGAUUAUAAUACUCGUAGAGGAAUAUUGUCAAACAACAUCCUUUCUUCAGAUUCCGGUAAGGCAAUAAAAAAUUUAUCUGGUAAACAUGGCUCAGAUGAUAAAGUUUUUGGCUCCAAUAAUGAGGAAUCUGACUGGUGCUCCGAGAUGUGGGAUUCUUUUAUAAAUGUAAUAACCUGUAGGCGACUAAAAAUAGGCCACGGAUCAUUCUCAACUGUAUCAGAAGCGAUACUAAGAUCAUACCCAUCUAUGUUAUCUCGAACAGGCAGAGACGCAGACAUUGAAAUGUUUAAUAAAAUGUUGGAGUUGAUAUCUGGCCAUUGCGAAUUGUGUAAAAAUACGGUAAAAUAUAAAUGUGCUGUUAAAUCUAUAGGUGACGGGUACCCCCUCUCACGAUUCCAAUAUAUUAGGGAAAAGGAAAUGAUGUUACAUUUUAAUGCUCACGUAUUAAAACCAUUAUCUUGCCGCGUUUUGAAUGAUAAUUCAUGUAAAGUAUACCAGCUGCUUAUGCCUAGAGCCCGCGGUGAUUUAUUAACUAUGAUCAACGGGCUCAUCAAACAUCGGACAAAAAAAGGGUAUGGAAUUAUAAAAUUGAUCAACCAUAAAAGUGAAAAGCGAAUAAUUGGACUAUUCGAAGAUGAAGUUCGAUUUUUAUUUCUUCAGAUAUUGAGUGGACUAUCCUUCAUCCAAAUGUGCUUUCAGGGCGAUAUUUAUAGACACUCUGAUAUUAAACUGGCCAAUAUAUUGGUUUUUUGCGAAGAUGAGAAUAUUUAUAUACCAUUUAAAUGGAAACUCGCUCUUGCCGAUUUUGGUUGUUCUAUAUUGAUUAAUCCCACGCAGCACCUGGAUGGCUCUACCUCAUUUAAGGGAUUGCAUCAUUCCCUUUUGAAAGAAUGGACGCAACAGUUAUCAUCGCAGCUUUUGUCCUUUGUUAGGGGUACUGUUAGAUAUAAUGCUCCCGAAGCAUUAUCAUAUGAUCGCAAUGGCACAAAAAGAAGCAAUCAUAAUCCGAAUUGCAUUUCAAUUUACAAGAAAAACCACAAGACAUUGUCAUCAAUAAUAAAUUCUAAUAAAGUGGACCCUGUUAGUUGGGGGUUGGAGAAUGUGGAUCCAAUUUCAUCAGUGAGGUCUAACCCUUCGAACAAAAUUAGUGGAGCAUCGGAAAAUGAUGUGGCAGAAUAUUUUAGGGUAGAUAUGAGAGCGGAUAUGUGGUCGGCUGGCAUUAUUCUUGCCGAACUCUCCAAGUUUGGAUGUAACCUGAACAUUUCAACUAUGGUAAAUAAAUCGAAUCCUGAUAUAUUUGAAAGUAUUUUAAAAAGUUUUGAAGGAAAAGAAACCACAGAUGUUCCUAUAAAUGGUGAAAAGAUUAAAUCUAAAAUUGCUUCAACGUUAGGAAGGGGUUUGUUUUGUCGUAAUACUAUGGAAUUACGCAAAAGAUUAGCAGCUAGUAAGGGCACACCAUUGCAACAUCCCAUAAGCGAUGAUGAACUCAAUAAAAUAUUAGCAUCAGAAAUAAGUAGCGAGUGUGAUGUAGAUUUGCAAACUAGAAUUAAGAAUUUGAAGGCAUUGUUUCCUUCGUUUGAGAAUUGUAAGUUUACUAGUGGCUUUUGGGAUUUAUUGGCUAGAUUGCUAGCAUAUAAUCCAUCAGAUAGGCUCAUGGCACCCGAAGCAUUAGGACACUAUUGGUUUAAGAAUAGUGCUUAUUUGUUUGAUAUAAUUGAUGAUUUACCGUGUUCUACAUUUAAUCACCUACCUCUUCAACAUUUUUACUACACAAAACUUCAAAUAGCUUCUAACGGAUCUCAGAUCAAUGAUUCUUCUCCACUAAAAAAAUGCGAAGAAUGGCUGGAUUUUAACAACUCUGACAUGUGUUUCAAUAGCCUAUUCAAUUAUGCAAAGGUAUCUCAGACUCCACAUGCCUGGUUUUCUGGUCCUGUGCAUUAUCGCUUGCAUAAACUACAGAGUCAAAACAUUCAUUUACCUGAUAUGGUUGCGCAUAUUUGCACGCGUGAAGCUUGUAUUUUGGAGACACGUGAAAAGGAAAUUUUUGGCUCGGAGGGUUACAUUUUAUCCAGAUUGUUAGACAUAAAGUCUAAAUACAAUUUAUCCUGGGAACGAUUAUUAUCAUCGCACACUGCACAUUUGUUAGGACAAACUAUACUAUCGGAAAGAACUCCUAAGAUAUUGUAA